AUGGAGAUAAGGAGAGAGGAGAUAGUGAGGGCAGCCAGAAGGCGUUGGUUGGAUAGAGCUAGAAAACAUGGGCGUCAAUCGUUGGAGACGAGACUCCCUGAUACGCCAGGAGGGGUGACACCGGUCACAAGAGGCAUUGUUGGGCGAGAUGGGCGUUCAAGCGACGAUGCACCCAGACGGGCGAGAAGGUACGCUCCAAGGCAGGCAAGACAAGCGCCAAGAGGGUUUGUAGGAGAGGAACAUGAAGGCAAGUGGGCAGUCGACGAAAUUGAAGAUAGACAUCACAGGCCAGAGGGGGGUUUCGACGCCGGUGGGGUUGGGGAAGCUUGGGACACGCAGGGCGCUAAAAAGGCACUAGGUGAUAUAGGUCCAUGUGGCAAGUUGGACGGCACUAGCGGUGACGGCAACAUCAUUGAACUUCAUAAUAGGUUUGGCGCAAGAGGCAGUGACGCCCGUGUAGGUGUAGUGGAGGCAACUGUGCAGUGA